UGGGGCAGCGCGGAGCCUGGGGCCGGGGGGCGGCCAAGUGACCGGCUCCGGGGGCCGGACGGGCGGACCGGCCGACGAGGAGGCGCCUAAGCCCGGCGGGGCCAUGGAGGAGGGCGUGAAAGAGAGCGGCGAAGAGGCCCGUGGCGCUCGGAACGCGGACAAGGUCGGCUGGGUCAAGAAGAGCAGCGGGGGCCUCCUGGGCAUCUGGAAGGAUCGCUACCUCCUCCUCUGCAAGGCGCAGCUGCUGGUCUGCGAGAACGAGGAUGAGCAGAAGUGCCUGGAGACGGUGGAGCUGGGCAGUUACGAGCGGUGCCAGGACCUGCGGGCCCUCUUGAAGCGGAAGCACCGGUUCAUCCUCAUCCGGUCUCCCGGGAACAAGCAGGUUCAUGACCUCAAGUUCCAGGCUGCGACCGGAGAGGAGAAGGAACUGUGGAUCAAAGCCCUCAACGAUGGCAUCAACAAGGGCAAAAACAAGGCGUUCGACGAGGUGAAGGUGGACCAGAGCUGUGCCCUCGAGCAUGUGACCAGAGACCGGGUCAAAGGGGGCCAACGCCGUCGGCCGCCCACCCGCUUCCAUCUGAAGGAGGUCGCCAACGCGGUAUCGGACGGGCUAUUGAGGCUGGACCUCGACGUGCCGGACAGCGGCCCACCCUCCCCGACCCCGGUGUCCGACGGCGACGGCACCGUCUCACCCCCCAGGGAGAUCCCCAAGCCUCCGACCAAGCCCCUUCCCGGGCCCGAGAAGCCCGUGGCGGAGGAGGGGGCCCAACCGCCGGCCCCGGAGACGCUCCGGGACGACCUGGGGGGCGGCGGCCCCGGAGCGCAGGAGGCCGAGGGCCAGACCGGAGGGGGCCCGGUACCCCCGGAGGGGGACAGCAAGGAGGCUACGGCGGAAGCGGGUCAGGGGCCCAGGCUACCCCCGGUCCCUCCCCCCAAGAUCCUCUCGGACAAACUGAAAGUGAGCUGGGAAAACACCCCGCCGGAACCUUCUGUUCCCGCCGGCUCGGAAGCCACCGGACCCAACGGUCCGGAGGUUCCCGCUGAGGCUGGGCCUAAGGAGCCUGGGAAGCCGCCCACCCCGCCCCCCAAGAUCCUGUCAGAGAAACUAAAGCAGUCCAUGCGCAGGAGCCACAACUCGAGCCUGGACUCUGGUCCGCCGGAGCCCGCGGCCCCCAGUGACCCCCAGGCCCCAGACGACAGAGGGAACUGCUCCCCGGUCAGUUUGGACGCGUCGGACGGGGCCGAGCCCGGGCCGGCGCCGGAGACCCGCGGAGCCGCUGGGGAACGGAGCCCGGAGGUCCCUCGGCCGAAAGAGGAGACACGGCCGCCGGCCUCCCCGAAGACGGACGGGCCGGCCCCGGCCCGCUGCGCCUCCCUCAGCGACCUGCUGUCCGAGAGCGGCCAGGGGCUGGGAAGCCGGGGGGACCUGCACCCCCUGGCCAGGAUGGAGAGGAAGGUGGCCUCCGAGCGGGAGAAGACGGAGCUGCUGCUGAACCGGGUCUUGCGCGAGGCGGCGUCGGAGCCAGAGGGGAACGGGGCCCCGGUCAAUGCCAAGGUGUUGCUCAACCAGGCCGCGGAGCAGUUGAGGCAGGCCACCCAGGUCUUACAGGAAAUCAAGGGCUUAGGGGAACUGAACAAGGAACCCCGGGGGCGCGGCGGGGACCGGAAGCAGGAGCGAAAGGACUUGGUGACCCUGUACAGGAGAAGCGUUCCCUGAGCCGGGCCGCCCCCACCUCGCUCCGGGUUGCGUUGGCGUAGCCGGGCCUUGCCGGGGUGCGACCGCUCUGGGCUCUGCUCCUGCUUGCCCCCCGCCCCCCGCGCCCCCUACCCCGUCCUCCCGGGCCGGACCCUCGGAAGCUCUGCCCUCACCGGCCCGGUCCUCCUCCAGCCCGAAGCCCCGCCGCCUUGCCGCCUUCGAUUCCCACCGAUCCCGGCGACUCCUGGCCCGGGCGCCGGCUGGGACAGAGUCGGCCGAGGAGCCCCAGCGGGCCCAUUUCCAGCCCCGGGAGGGGGGAGAGGGGAUUUGUGUGUGUUGGGGCGGGGGGAGGGGGCGGGUGUUGGGACCGAGACUCUAGGGCCACCCGGCAUUUGAAGGAGACGUGGGUCGGCUACCAGGAUCCCCGGGGCGGCGAGAGGGGGAAUUCCCCCUUCCCCACGCCCUCUGACCUCUAACCCUGGCUGCAGCAGGAAGAGCAGCCCCGGCUCACACCGGGGUCCGCCUACCCUCCGUUCUGGCUGGCGGGGGGCAUUAGAGAAGGAGCGGGCGGGGGGGGUUGUCAGGUGACUGGGUGUCCCUGCGGACCACCCACCCUGUAGAGGCUGCCCAGAGGCGGAAGGGGCGGGGACCCCUGGGCAAGAGUAGCCCACCUGCCCAAACCUCAAGCGGGCAUUUCCAGAGAGUAAGAUCGCCCCAACGGCACCUCCGUGGUUCAGGAAGAGAUAUCUUCUCCUGCUGCCGUCCGUUCCUCAGUUUCCCCCUCCGCUCUUCCUCCCCGCCCACCCAACUCUGCCCUCCAGCUGCCGGGGUCUGGGUUCGAGAGGUGAUGACCUCCUGGGUGGGCGGGCAGGCGGCAGGUAGAAUCAGAGAAACCUGGGUCCGAAAGAGCUCACGGGGGAGUCAACUCAUCCAUCCCCCUGCCUCCGGGUAGGAGUGCCCUCCAACCAUCCCUUAGCGGUGAAACGAAUCGGACGGCCCCUCUCCUCCCGAACAGAAUCCGGGCGUUGGGGUUUUUCGGCAUUUCUUUCCGGUAUAAGGGCAGGUUCCUUUGGGGGUACAGAGUACCCCCGCCGUACUGGUGCUCCCCCUCAACCCAGCCCAUCAACCGGGGGUAUUUAUUGAGUGCUGACUGAGAGCCGAGUGCUGUACUGAGCUCGUGGGAGGGGCCCGGCGCUCUUUAACAUGCAGGGUCAGAUACCGGGAAGGGACCGGGGGGUGGUCUCGACCGCCACUCAACCGUCAGCCCGUCAGGACUGCCCGCCGAACCACUACCGUGGGCCCGGCGCCGGACUGAGCGUUUGGGAGACAAGUUAGACAACACGAUCCCUGCCUUCCGGGAGCUUACGAUUUAGCGGAUUUUCCAUACACGCACUUUGUUUUUUUUCCCCAGAGUCGCCAGGCGGAGGCGGGGGUCGGGCUGGCAGGCCCCGCCGCGGAGAAGGCUCUGGGAAGUGAGAGAGCCUCCCCCCCGCCCUCGCCAUUCCCCAACACAAACCCGAAGAUGCCCGUCCGCUGGGUUUGAUUAGAUACAAAUGCCAGACCCUGUACGCAGUCAUCUCACUGGGGAGGAUCUGGGGGUGAUCAGCGGGGCUGGAGUCUGGGAGGGCCAGGCCGCGGUGCCGGAUGCCAAUUAGUGAAUUACUGGGGGUAUUUAUUGAGCCAGGGCUCGGUGCCAAACACUGCGUUAAGCGCCCGGGAAGACAUGAGAUAAUCAGAUCGGACCCAGCUUCGGUCCUACUCCCGGUCCAGGUCCGUGGUCAUCAUCCUCCUCCUUCCAACCCCCACCCCCUGUAGCCCUCUUCUUAAGAAGUGUCCCUCAGGGUGGUCCAAUCCCUUCCCAUCGCCCGGUCUCCUCCACCUCUGCUCUGGAGAAGGCAGACCGGGGGCGAGGCCUUCCGGCGUCUCAAUUUUCCCGGCUCUGUGUCGCACCCGUUCCUUCCGAGGCCUUCCAUGGGCCCCAGCUGAAUGGGGACCACCCCACACCCCUGCCGGCCACCGACUCUCCCCGCGUCCCAUCCUGGAAGAGCCAGAAGAGACCGGGAAGCGGAUCUAGAGAAUGAUCCUAGCGGGGGACCCCUGUGGUCCGGCCUCUUCUCCCUCCCGCCUCCCGCCUCCCAGAGGGCCGUCGGCAUCCGUGCCAGCAAAUGUGAAUCCCCGACUGCCCGGCAGAGCCGUGACGGAGGAGACGGCCUUCCGCUUCUAAAGCGCCUUUUGGACACGUGUCAAUAAAACACUUUUUAAGGAC